AUGGUUAUUAAAAAGCAAGUGUACAAGCGAGUCAGAGAACUACGAUGUGGUCCAGUAAAAGGCAUCGAGAAUUUGAACAUAAAUGACGUUGCAUCUGAAAUAGAAGUGGAUAACAUGUCUGACGAUGAUGUAAUUGAGGUAGUGAGAGACGAUGCUCCAAUUGAAAUUCUUUCAGACGGUGAAGAACUGGAGCUAGAAAAAGCUAAACAAGGCCAACAAAACAGUAUUUUGGACAAUUUUAUAGUUGACAACUUUCAUUUCUCAUCGCUCUCCUCUGAAAUACAACCUCACGCAAAUAUUCAGUCUGAUGUAGAUAAUAACACAUGCGAUCCAUUAAAUACUGACAUAGCUAUCGGCGAUCCUCUAAGUAGCUUGAGAUUGUCGCCGUUCCAUGCUGUGCCACCUGUACACUCAACCACCAAUAGUGCUGAGGAGUUAAAAUCGAAUCAAGAUGAAAGUGACGAAAGUCAUUACGUUAAUGUAACAGACUUAGACCAGCCUGACAGUUGGUCCACCUUCGUGUCCGGCUUAAGUCAACAAAGUUGUGGUCAAUCAGAUAAUAAUAAAGAAGAACCAAAUACCAAUCCCCUAAUAUCAGAGCACAAUAAUCCCCAAAUUGAAUCUAAACCAGAUAACGGCAAUGAAGUUGUUGACAAUCCAAGCGAACAAAAUCCGUCUGACAAAGCCCUUGUUGGCCACACCUCGGUUGCUGAUAACACAUUUGAGGAUAAGUCAGCUGAUGAAAAGCCAAUCAAUCAAGUUCCUGAAGAAAAAACAAUUGAAAAUGAUAGUGAGGUAAAAUAA